AUGCUGAACUCCACGCUGCCCCGCCUCGGGGUGGUUAUGGGCAACCCCACCCCCCCUCCUGCAUGCACGCUGCAGCGGGGCUUUGGGGGGGCCCCCGCGCUGCUGCAGCAGCUAACAGCAAGCAGCAGCAGCAGCUGCGUGAAGGCGAAGGCCCUUUCUGCUCUUUUGUCUCUUUUUAAAGACCCGGAGCAGUUUGCUGCCCAUGACGGCCCUCGGCGGCUGCUGCUGCUGCCUCCUGCUGAGCAGCUGCAUCAGCAGCUGCUGCUGCUGCUGCAGCAGCAGCAGACAGUGCGUGUGUAUUUGAACCAGCCUGGUCUCUCAAGGGAGCGGCAGCAGCAGCUGCAGCAACAGCUGCAGGAGCUGCAGCAGCAGCAGCUGCUGCUGCUGCAGAAGCCGCAGCAAGACCUGCUACUGCCGUUGCUGCAGCUGCUGCAAGAUAAAGACAUGGAGACGCGAAUGGCUUUCAUUCAGCUCUCCAUGCACAUAGCAGCAAGACGAGAGGGCGCAGAGUUCCUCAUAGUUAAGGGCUUGCUGGAAGGUGUGCUGCAGCGGCUGCUGCCAGAAGGGUCCCUUAGCGAGACUUAUGUGUCUAUUCUAAUACAGGAGCUGCAGCAAAAGUGGGAAGAGCAACAGCAGCAGCAGCACUACCAUCCGCAGCAGCAGCUGCUCGUGCAGCUGGCGCAGGCUCAAGCUGCCAGAGAUGCCCAACAGCAGCAGCAGCAGCAGCUCCUCAGGCAGCUGCAGCAGCAGCAGCAGCAGAAAGCUGCCUCUGGCUUCCCCCAUGGAUGUAUUGACGGCGCAUUCGGUUUUGUCAGGGAGGCAUCAGCAUGGGGCCAGCAGCAGCAGCAGCAAAUGCAACAACUGCGGCAACAGCCGCAACAGCAAAAGCAGCAACAGCAUCAACAGCAGAAGCAGCAACAACAGCAGCAACGGCAGAAAGAGCAGCAACAGCAGCAACAGCAGACGCAGCAGCAACAGCAGCAACAGCAGCAAAAGCAGCGACAGCAGCAACAGCAACAACAGCAGGAACAGCAACAACAGCAGCAGCAGCUGCAGCAGCAACAGCAAACGCAGCAGGCAGGGGAAAAGAAACUGCUGCAGCAGCAAGCGGAGAAGGCAGACGCUCCAGUUGUUGUGGGGCAAUCUGGCUCUCCCAGCAACUUUGAAGCAGCCCCAGAAGCAGCAGCAGCAGCAGCAGCAGCAGCAGCAAGCAGCAGCAGCACAGCAUGCGACCCAGACUUUGUUCUUGUCGAUGGCUAUUUCGGUUACGUCCGCUGCACCAGCUGCGGUAGCAGCAGCAGCAGCAGCAGCAACAGCAGCGGGAGCGGCGUUGUCUAUAUACCUGAAACCCUUUGCAUUGAUGGUUGCUUCGGCUUCGUGCGCUGCUGCAGCAGCAAGGACUCUAGCAGCAAGUGCUGCAGCAGCGAUUGCAGCAGCAGCAACUGCGGCAGCAGCAAUCGUUGCUGCGCUGUUGUCUAUACACCUGAAACCCUAUGCAUAGAUGGGUUCUUUGGAUUUGUUCGCUGCUGCAGCAACAGCAGCAGCAGCUGCAGCAGCAACUGCUGCAGCAGCGCCCGCAACAACCGCAGCAGCAGCACCUGCUGCUGUAGCAAGCUAGAGUUUAUGCAGAAGCGUACGCUUGCAGACGGAGGAUAUGGAUGGAUAUCUUUUGCUUCUAGGGGUUGCAGCAGCAGCAGCAGCAGCAGCAGCGACAGGAGCACCAGCAGCAGCGCCUAUGCUAUUGACGGCGCCUACGGCUAUGUGAGAGAGGCAUCUCCACGGGAGUCUACUGCGGCAGCAGGAACAGGCGGAGCACAGCAGCAGCAGCAGCAGCAGCAGCGCCACCGCAUCCCCUACAUGCACGGCGCCCCCUGCCACUGGGCUUUUUACGAGGUGUUGGAGCAGCCGCAGCAGCAGCAGCAGCACAAGAGACUAAAUGUACAUCCGAGGCUGUGGCUAGCUGCUGAUGCCUCGCCGCAGGUGCAGCAGCAGCAGCUGCUGCUGCAGCAGCAGCAGCUGCAGAGGCUGCUGCAGCUGCAGCACGAGCGCGUGGAGCAGGUGGCCUCCCCACUUGCUACGCCGCACGACGCAGCACCAGAAGCAGUAGCAGCAGCAGCAGCAGCAGCAGCAGCAACAGCAGCUUCAGCAGCAACAGGAGAAACAGAGCAGCAAUUUGAGACUGUUGCUACGAAUGCAGCAGCAGCAGCUGUAGCAGCAGCAGCAAUAACUGCAAGCCCUUCUCCCGGUCAUGGCGACGGGGAUUCUGCUGCUGCUGCGGACUCACCCGCAGCAGCGGCAGCACCACCACCACCACCUGCAGCAGCAGCGGCAACGCCAGAAGUCGAACAAUUCCCAGCAGAAGCAGCAGCACCGGCGGAUGCGGCGCCUGCUGCAGCAACAGCAGCAGCAGCAGCGGACAGCAGCAUCAUCCCGUGCCCAGCCAACCGAAAUGAACGUGCUGCGCUGCUGCAGCUGCUGCAUGCACUUGCUGCUGCUUCCCCCAUUGCUUUAGACGUAGCAGCAGACAUCAAGGCCUCGGCGCUGCAGCAGCUGUUUGACUGGAGUUUUGCUGCCGACCCCGCAGCAGCAGCAGCUGCUGCUUCUGCUGCACUACCGUGCGGCAACUGCGGCAAAAGCAUCAGCAGCAGCAACAAGAGGUUGGCUUCCAGUCGUCCUGCAGCAGAGCAGCGCCAGCCCUCCCCUGGUGCAACAGCAGCAGCAGCAGCUGCUGCUGUCGUUGCUGCUACUUCGACUGUUUCGCCCAGGGCAGCUGCUUCUGCUGCUGCUGCCGCUGCUGCACUUGCUGCUGCGAAAAAACCAGCUGGCGCUGCCGCUGCAUCCACACCACAGCGCACAUUCCUCGACAAGCAGCAGCAGCAGCAGCAGCUGCAGCAGCAGCAGCAGCUCAUGCCGCAGCCCAUCUCCGAACCCUCCUGCAGCAGCAGGAGCUGCAGCAGCAUCUAG